AUGAUGAUAUUUCGAACCGAAUUUGUUGGGAUGUUAGAGCAGCUCGGAAGAGAAUUCCCGAUCCAUCAUCUUAGUUUGUUUCAUGAAGAAGGUUCUCGUUUAAAUAAAAUGCACCGAUAUUGGCCUCCAAGAGAAGACCCAUUGGUCUAUCUCGGCUACUCGCUAGCUGUUUAUUUAUUAGCAAGAAUUAUCGAUCCGGUUUAUUUAAGAGACGCUUUGCAUUCUGUCAUUGUGGGAGAAGAAACCACCGAAGAUGUAAAGGAAGCACGU